CCGCACGGCCUUGCCCCAUCCACGAUUUUCCCCAAUGCUCGCCGCCAUCCACCGCCGCGUCCUCGCCCUCCCGGCCGGCGCCCUCGCCGCCGCCUUCUCCUCACCCACCGCCGCCGACCCUGCGGUCUCCCACCUGAUCUCCCGCUGCGGCCUCUCGCCCGUAGCCGCGGCUCGCGCGGCGCCCUUGGUCCGCCUCGCCUCCCCGGGCGCCGCCGAGCAGGUGGACGCCGUCCUUGCGCUUCUCCGCCGCUACGGCUUUUCGGAUGCCGACAUCUCGGCCACCGUCCGCAAGCUCCCCACCGUGCUCGUCUCCAAACCGGCCAAGACGCUGCAGCCCAAGCUCGACUUCUUCGUCUCCGUCGGCGUCUCCGCGCCGCUCCUGCCGCGACUCAUCGCGCUCAACCCUAUCCUCCUCCACCGCAGCGUCCAGGACCACCUGGCCCCGUUGUUCGCGACCCUCCGCGAGGUGCUUGGCGGCUCCGACGACCGCGCCAUCACCGCGCUCCGCCAGAUGCCGUUCAUCGCCCGCUGCCAGCCGAAGGCCUGUCUCCUCCGCGUGGUGCCUCUCCUCCGCGACGUCCUCGGCCUGUCCGCCGACCAGGUAGCCAACCUCGUCGCUCUCCAGCCCGCCGUCAUCAUGCAGAGCCCCGACCGCAUCAACGAGAUCGUCGACGCAGCCAGACGCGUCGGCGUUGAGCCUGGGAGCCCAAUGUUCAUGUACGUCUUCGCCGUCUUCUCCAAGAUGAAGGCCCCCACGCUGGAGAGCAAGGUCGCGCUGUUUCGGCGCCUCGGCUUGGACGACGACAGCAUCACUCAGAUGAUCCGGCGGUACCCGGGCUCGUUGUCGAUAUCCGAGAAGAAGAUCUCGGAGAUCGUCGGGUUCCUGACCGGCAAGGCGGGGCUGAGCCUGGAGGACAUCGUGCUCUACCCGACCAUGCUCGUGCGGAGCCUGGCGGCCCACUCCCGGAGGUGCGCCGUGUUUGCCGUGCUCAGGAGGGCGGGGAAGCAGUCAGGGCAGUACCGGCUGCCCGUGGCGCUUGUGUCCUCCGAGAAGCGGUUCCUUGAGGUGUACGUGCUGCCGCACGCCGACGAGCUCCCCGAUUUGCUCCGGGCAAUGAAAGGCGAGAUCCCGUUCGAGGGAUUCGAUGCGUCGAAGGAGAAACCAAAGCUGGCAAGCAAGAAGAUGAUGAGCGCGUGACGCACCGGCGGCCGCGUUAGCCCUGUUGAUUGCUGUUGACUGUUGGUUCUUUGUAGGAUUUGCUGAGGUUUAGCAGUCUUCUGAUUUCUGAAGAUUAUGUAUCAGGAUCAAAGGUUGCCAAGGAGAAGAAUGGCGAUGCCACCAGCUUAUUUAUUUUGAGAUGCAAACAUUCAAGAAAGUAGUGGAAAAUAGCAGACAAGGUUGCUUUGUCCGGUUACUUUGUUGUGGUACCAGAUUUCCUACAUGGGGAUCCUUAACACACCUGAGAAUGCUGAGAGGCCUCUACCUGUGUGGAUAAAAUCAAAUGAACCG